CAUGGUUUGUAAUGUUCGAGCGCGCUUCUAUUCUCAAAGAAAGUUCUCUUCUUCACCGCUGUCUUGAGGUCGGGUAAUUUAAAAGCUUGAAAGGAAGGAUAAUAUAUUUCUUACAUUUGCGUUUAGUGUAAGAUUGUGUCAGGAAUCUUACAGUAUUUUACUACUACUGCAAAUGUGAAUGUGAAAACGCACAGUUUGUUGUAAUCAACUUCUUAACCGGGGUCGUUAGCUAGCCGGGUUAGCUUGCUAGCUAACUGAAGACAAGCUGCUAGUAUAACCUAAUUCCUCUGUCCUCACAGGAUAUAAUCGUAGGAUAGAAGCUAGAGCUCUUAAAAUACGAAUAACCGAAAGAGUGUUUCAUUGCUUAUUAAAGUUAGUCAAUUUAGAGUUAAAUACAGAAGUCUUCUGCAGAGAUGGCAGAAAGACCCGAAGAUCUUAACCUGCCCAACGCUGUCAUCACACGUAUCAUUAAAGAAGCACUGCCAGAUGGCGUAAACGUAUCUAAGGAAGCAAGGAGAGCCAUCUCCCAGGCGGCCAGUGUUUUUGUGUUGUACGCUACAUCAUGUGCUAACAACUUUGCGAUGAAGGCUAAACGGAAGACCCUGAAUGCUGGGGAUGUGAUGUCCGCUAUGGAAGAGAUGGAAUUUGAGCGGUUCAUGCAACCCCUCCGCGAAGCUCUGGAAGCUUACAAAAAGGGGCAGAAAGGUAAAAAGGAGGCCUCUGAACAGAAGAAGAAAGACAAAGAGAAAAAGAGUGAUGUGGAAGAGAACGACAAGAAUAAAGAUGAAGAGGAGGAAGAGGAAGAACAUAUGGAUGAGGAGGCGGAGGCAGAGAAUGAGGUUGAAGAUGAAGAGGUUGAAAACUGAAGACCACCUGCUUCUUCACCACCCAGUGGAAGUGCCCUGGUUUUUGAGGGCCUUGAUGUGAACUGUUAGUUGCCUAAUGAGCCUGUGGUCUAUAUGGUGCAGCAAGAGGGUUUUGUUUGUACAAUCUGUGCCACAGUGGGAUAUGUAGUUUAGGAAUGCUUUUGAAAGCAAUCUGCGAAGUUAAGACAGUACAUGUUAAGUUGGUGGCUUAAUGUUUGUUUCUACACUUUGUAGAGGAUCUACACUUGUGUGUGUAUGGUCCCUAAGAAGUACUACAUCCAACAGCAUAAACACUUCUCAGGGUACCAAAUUUGAGGAGCCUUUUGUAGGGCAUUGUGUCCAACUGUGGUAGAGGCACAUUAAAUGCCAACCUUUCUGGUUAAGUUAAAACAAUUUGUACUUUUUAUAUUAAAAGUUGUUUUGUAAAA